AUGGCCAUCAUAUGGCUGGACACUCACCUUCACACACCCAUGUAUUACUUCCUGGGCCAACUCUCCUUCUUGGACAUCUGCUACUCCUCUGUCACUGUCCCCAAAAUGCUAAAAGACUCCUUGCUGGAGAAGAAGACCAUUUCCUUUGAGGGCUGUAUCACACAGAUUUAUUUCUUCCUCUCCUUUGGGGGCACUGAAUGCGUCCUCUUGGCUGCCAUGGCCUAUGAUCGUGAUGAAGGCAUCUGGCUACAGAUGGCCUUCACCAUCCGUAACAAGGAGCUGAGAGGUUCUAGUUGUGAAGAAGACGCCAUCGUCUUAGAAAAAACUGAGGAUCCAGCUCUUUUCAGAAUCUCCAAUAAACGUUCUAGUGAGUUCCAUCUGGUAAAGACAAACUACAGAGGCUACCUGAUUGUCUAUGCACGCAAUAUCUACCCCUGGCAAAAUGAGGUCCCCAUACUGUUCCUUUACGGUAGAUCAAUAUUUACGAAGCUAUGCACCAUGACACUAUACCGAAGCCUUGUUAGGUCGCUGCAACUCUCCGAAGAGGGCCUCUUCAGGCUUCGCAAACCAUGGAAGUGCCUCAACAUUGAUAAUUGGGGAAAGAAGAACCCCCUCAGCUAGAGUUCCUCUCUUCCACAGACGUGCCAAAGCUCUGGAAAGCCAGGCUGUGGCUUUGUGCUUCUUCCUCCUCCUCCUCCUCUUCCUCCUCAGCUGUUUACUCCUUCUUGCUGCCCCCUGGGUGUGGGCUCUGCAGUACCUGUUGCUUUA